GGGAUGAGGACGAAUAGCCGAGGCUGCCUGUCGUGUCAAACGGGCCGUGCCGCGCGCGCGCGUCCACCCGCCCGCAUACCAUUAGAUUUUCGUGGUUUUCAAUGGGUACGGGUAACCGGCCGCAGCACGACGCGCCGACGACGUGAAGUGCCGUACGAUCUCGACAUCGCGUUCAUCCGAGUGUCAGAGCGCGCGGUGACGGCGAACUCCGGACCCCGGUGGGGCAAGAACGCAAGAAGUCAAGAAUUGUCGCCGCGUGAAACUUGUGUAUUUUUCGCAGGUGCGGCGCACAGUCGCGGGGCUACGCGGAGCGACGUCGGGGAGCGACGAGUCACGGAGCGCCUGAAUUUGCAACGUGGAAACGCAGACGGGCCAAAGACGACAUAUCUUUGUCAGAAAAACGACAACGAGGAAGGGGAUACCUUCUGUAAAAAGAAGAUUUGAAGAUCCACGAAGAAUUGUAAGGGUGCGCGCGAAUUUUGUGUGAGGGUGGCAUAAGAGGGAAGGAGAAAAAGAGGAAAAAGAGAAGGAAAGUUUGAACGGACGGAACGAACGAAAGAAGAGAUGUCUGCCGUCGAGAGUGCCUUGGACGUCCUUUCCAGAGCAGCGACAAUGAUGCAAGAGGAGAGAUCGAAGGUGACGAAUCUGCAUCGAAAACCAAGCAGUGCCUGGCGUAAGGACCGUAGGAGAGAUCCGAUUCAGAGCGAAGCGUUGGACAUGUCGAGAACGAAUAAUCAUCACAACAGACCGAGUGUGAUCGUUCCUCCUACGACGCAAGUUGGUAUUACAAUCGAGGACUCUGCUAUGACAUCGACGACGUCUGCCACGGCUUCAGGCGGACAGAGGACCAUUAUCAGAACGACGGGUGGCGUUUGUGUUAGUGAUCCCGCGAUCGAUGAGCAUUUCAAGCGGUCUCUGGGUCCGAAAAAGUACGCGGCCGUCUUCAACGCCACUACUACGGACAAGGAAACUGGUCUGAGUGUUGACGAUCACUUUGCAAAAGCACUCGGCGAGACUUGGACAAGGCUUCAGGCAACCAAUCGAACUAAGGACUCCACCUAACCACCGGAUAGACUUGCCAGAAAUCUUGUCAUCCUACUUGUCAUCGUCCUCGUCGUUGUCCUCAUCGUCGUUUGACGAUUGUGGUAACUUACUCGGGUGAAAUCGUUCCGCUAAAUAUACAUUAAUAAUAAGUCGUAAUCAAUAAGAAUUAGCUGAAUUCGCGACUAUAUUCGAGGAAUCUGCGUCCAAGUAAAACUACAAUUAGAGCAGGCCUGUUCAAUUUAAGUUUCGAAACCAAAAUGCAAUACCAUCGUAAAAAAUUCAAUAUAAGAUUUUAGGAACUAUAAACUAUUGAUAAGCAUCACUUAGAUGCGAAUCGUAAACACUUUACAGUGUAAAGUUUUACCGAAAUCUUACAUUGAAUUUUUUUGCGUCGAUGGCUUUGCGUUUUGACUCCAGAGUUCAAAUUGAACAGACCUGAAUUAGAGGAUAAAUAAAGGAAAUAAACGCACACGUCAGGAUACAAUUUUAUAAAAAUGCAAGAUCUUCAAAUUGGAUUUUCGUAUUGAUUUCGACAUUUCAGGAAAAAGCAUAUAAGUAAAUAAUUCAAA